AUGACUCCCUCAAAGUAUGAAACUCUCACUGAAAUCAUUAACACCGCUCGUGAACGAGAGAUAGAAUUGAAGAAGCAAGUGGAGAGAGGAGAAAGGAGGGCAUUGGAUGCAAAUCCAAGCCCCACGAAGAAAUCAAGGAUGACGGAAUCCCCAAAGAAAACGAAUGUGAAAGGGGGAUUGCCUAGUUACAAGAGAUGUGGCAAGGCUUAUAAAGGCGAAUGUUAUUCCAAAGAUAAACCUUGUGUUAUAUGCGGGAAAACGGGGCAUGCGACUUCAAUUUACCCCCGAAAGGUGUCGGUUUGUUAUAAAUGUUACCAACCGGGCCACAAGAAAUUAGAUUGUCUAGAAUUGGUAGGAAAGAAGGAAGUAACCGACACGAAAACGGAAACUCCAAGAUCAAAGGCCAGAUCCUUUCAUCUAACUGCGGCAGAAGCCAAGAUUGAACCUGAUGUGGUUUCAGGUAUAUUGGCCAUAAAUUCUAUUCCCACACGUAUUUUAUUUGAUAUGGGUGCGAAUAAAUCUUUUGUUUCACAUGGAUUUAUUCGACAUCCUUCAUUUGUGUUAACAAAGUUACCUAUGCCUUUAGAAGUAGAAAUAGGUAAUAACAAGAGUUUUAUUGUUUGUGCUAUGUGUCGGGAUUGCAAAUUGAGUAUUGAUGAUAAAGAAUACUCAGUAGAUUUGAUACCUAUGUCGAUGGGGGAAUUCCAAGUGGUCGUCGGGAUGGAUUGGUUGUCUUGA